UCGUCCUCUUUCCCAUCAGUCUGGUGGUGGAAAGAUCCAGAGACGAAGGGCUGGAGCGAAGGGGGAGUGUCUGAGCGCGAGAGCCUCUCACACGCACACGCACACGCUCGCUCUACGCGCCUUUCAGCUCAACUUCAAAUAGUGCAGCGCGCGCUUCGCCCGUUUGGAAUCUUCCACGCGUUUAAACUCCAACCGUCGUUUUCCUCCUCGACCAAACGGCUCUGCGGGACUUCAGACGUCCAGCUCCUCCAGCACGGGUGCUGCAGUUCUCCCAGUGGAACAGGAGCGGUUCAUCAUGCAGGUUCCCUGUCCCAGCAGAGAAACAGUGCGGUGGGGCAGCUGCUGAACACCAAGACUGAUCUGCUUCUUGGCUUUGAAUCCCAGCUCCACUCGCCCACACCUACGACCAGCCUGAAAGGAGCUGAGUGAGCUUUUGCUUGUGUGUGUUUGUGUGCGUGUGUGUGUGGGAGUGGGUGUUGGUGUGGGUGUGAGUGUGUAUGUGUGCUGCCAUGGCAUUCACGCUCUCGGAGAUCAUGGCUGCACGGCGGCAGCAGCAGCAGACACAGCGAGGAGUGAGAGGAGUGGUGGAAGUGGAUGAGUACAGCGCCAACCCCACUCAAGCCUUCACCUUCUACAACAUCAACCAGGGACGCUUCCAGCCGCCCCAUGUUCACAUGGUUGAUCCAUUGCCGCAUGACACCCCUAAGCCCCCUGGCUACACUCGCUUUGUGUGUAUCUCGGACACACACUCACGCACAGACACCAUUCAGAUGCCGUACGGUGACGUUUUACUGCAUGCUGGAGACUUCACCGAGCUUGGUCUGCCCAGCGAGGUCAAGAAAUUCAACGACUGGCUUGGCACUCUACCCUAUGAAAUAAAGAUUGUAAUCGCUGGAAACCACGAGCUGACAUUCGAUCAGGAGUUCAUGGCUGACCUGAUAAAGCAGGACUUCUACUACUUUCCCUCUGCCUCAAAGCUGAAGCCUGAGAAUUAUGAGAAUGUGCAGUCGCUGCUUACCAACUGCAUCUACCUGCAGGACUCUGAUGUUACAGUCAGAGGUUUCCGCAUCUAUGGCUCACCAUGUCUAUCCUACCAUCCCUUCAUCUGUUUCCCUCCUGUCACUCGGAGUCGGGCGUGCUUCUCCUCAGUGGGACAGAACAGUUCCUCCUCACCAUGGCGAUGCUGUUCCGCUAAAGAGGGCUUUAUGGACCGAGUCCCGUGUUGCCGCGGGCAGCCGUGGUACUAUGGCUGGGGUUUUAAUCUGCCACGAGGGCAGGCACUGUUGGACAAGUGGAACCAGAUCCCAGACUCUACUGACAUUCUGCUCACACACUGCCCUCCUCUGGGUUUUCUAGACUGGGUGCCCAGAAAGAUGCAGCGUGUCGGCUGCAUGGAGUUACUGAAUACCAUCCAGAGACGAGUACAACCCAAACUACAUGUUUUUGGACACAUACAUGAAGGUUACGGCAUGAUGACAGAUGGAACUACCACAUUUAUCAAUGCCUCUGCGUGCACUGUCAACUUCCAGCCCAUGAACCCCCCCAUUGUGUUUGACCUGCCCAAUCCCAGGAGCUCAUGAUUGAACUCAGCCACUCUUUGCGGCCCCCGUCUCCAGUCAGGGUCCCUCUCCGAGUGUAUUAGGGUGCUCUUUUGUGUGUGUAUAUAAAGCAGAUGAGACUGUGCUCUGGACAUUCUCAUGGAGAGUUUCGUCCACUUUGUGCCAUGUUCUGUCCUCAAAUAGUGACUCUGCUACUGCCUCAUUCAAAGACAUUUUGCCAUUUUUUAAAAUGGUUCUCACUCUUUCAUUGCACUUGAAACAUGACAAUCCCUUCUGGUAAUGGUGGUCACUCAAUGGACGACCAUGCGAUUUCGGGCGGUUAUGGUGUUGGACUCAUAAUUUAACCCCUAGAGAGGAAACUCUGUAACCUGGAAGCCUCAAAGGACCUUUGACUCAAAAAGAAAAACUCGUUCUUCAGCUUCGUGCUGGAGUGCUAAUAGGUCUAGAAUGGCCAGGAGAUGAAUCAGAGGAAGUGUUCAUUGCCAGCUUUGUUUUUUGGAGCACUUCAUUCUUUUUCACAUCUUACUGCAUCCAGUGCCACGAUGCGAAGAAGGUUUGUUCAGGGUUUCCUUCAUCUCUUACUCUUCUUCUCUCUCCUCAGAUCUAUCAGGCAGAAAAGCCCAUGUCUGUCUGAAGGCACCAUGUUUGGGAGGGAAGUCAGACACUGAAAGUGAAUUGUACAAAUGUUGACGUGAAAAAACUUCUAUGGUCUCUUUUUUAUGCUUCCUUUAUGCAGUUCAUUGUAAACCUGUUUGUUGUGAGUGAGUUUGUAGCAGGAAGUCCUUCAUUUUAACCUUCUCUGAUUUUUCGGAGAGCUUGUUAGAUGUCAAAUAUUGAAUAUUUUUAAGCACUUCAAGUUCAAAGACAUGCCUGAGCUCAAAGUGCACUUUUGCCUAACAAGAAUACAUUGCACUUUGAUCUACAUGUUCCCCACUAUAAUUUAUUAAUAUUGCUCCUGGGUAUCAUUUACUCUCAUGUUUUACAGUUAUUCUGAGUGUCAGCACCAUGCCUAAUGGUUAUACUUACAAUAAGAGUACUGGGAUCUUUCAUUCACUCCUUUUAAACGAAAGAACGGACAGCCUGAAUCAGGGGUUGGUAGGUUGGUUUAUGUAUCUGUGUGCAUCAAGUUCAAAAGCUCAUGUUUAAAGGAGAAUUCCAGCAUUAUUCCAUCUAAUCUCCUGCAUCGAAAACAUAUUCAGCCAUUUUGAUGCAUUUUCCUUAGAAAAGAACAGAAAACAGGGGGGGCUCUAACUCACAGAAGACACUGGGCAGUUGCUGAGUUGUGUCAAGAAACAUUUUUGCUAAAUGCAUAAACUACAGAAUUUUGUACAGUACAGAUGCUCCAGGGUUUGAAAGUCAGAUAACACCUCUUAAGAUCAGUGGGCCUCAUUCACCAAUAUUUUCCUUCUUUUUUCUCAAAUUUGUCCUUAAGAAAGGUCCUAAGAAUAAGUCUACGUCAGAUUCAUGACGUGAUCUUAAACCGCAGAACUGUUCUCACCUUUGUGCUCUUGAGUGUGUGUCGAUUCUGUUCUUACCUAAGUAAGAAAACAUUGACGAAUGUCAGAAUCUUCACAAAAACUGCGUAAGUGGGUUUUAAGAAAAAAUUUCUUCAUAAGAACGAUUUGUGAAUGAGGCCCAGUGAUCCUCUCAUAUCUCAUCCUGAGACCUCUAAUGUUAUAGUGUAAUGAUUUGUGUUAUAUAACUCUUGAGUGGUGUUCAGUGUUUGUGUUUACCAAAAUUUUCAAUGACUCUGUUCAGCCCUACACAUUUAUAUUACACAUGUGGUGUUGGAUGAACCUGGGGGAGUAAAAAUGUGGAGGUGCUGUGUCUCUUCACUCUGUUCUCCUCCUACAUGGCCUGCUGUUGGUGUGUGUGUGUGUGUGUAUGAGUGUAUCUGUUUGUAUAUGUGUGUGUGAAGGUGGACAAUAUGGACAGGCUGCUGACUGGCUACAGCUGCUAAAGGAGACCCCUACGCCCACCAGACCACUGAGUAACAAGCACAUCAACACCACACAAGGGAUAGUGUCAUGUUUCACAUACUUAGCAACUGCCCAGUUUCUUCUAUUGUAAGUGAAUGAGUUUUCUGCUCUGUUCUUAGUACAGAGAAAUGGAGGAUACCACACAUGCAGUAGAGAGAUAUUGUGGUAAAGAAUGCAGAGUGAUGCAUUUGGUCAAAGGUGAUAUGAUGUGUUGGAAUCUGAGCUCUAAUCUCACAUUGGCUUAUUUGACAGGAGGUUUUGUGGUGCAUUUUGUUUACAUUUCUUCAGAUGUUCAUAUAUACUUCAUGGGUCUUUCUUUGUUCCCUGUUUCUGGUUUGUUAUUUUUUUGUCAACAGGGUUCUGCUGUUUUUCUGAGUCUGUUCUCUGCAGCAUGCUGUUCUGAAUUUUAAAAUUGAGAUUUGUAAGACAAUCUUUUGUGUUGUGAAACAUUCGUGCUGAAGAUUGAAUGUUUUUUGUUAGUUUUAUUUGCAUUUUUUUUUCUUCUUUUUUUUACUCCCCCCCACACCCCCCAACACUCUUGAAACAGACGUUUUGGCACAGAGGAAACAUCGCAACAAGGCUUAACCUUCCAAGGAACAUGCCUUUCUUAGAAUCCAAAUCUUUUUGUUCUCUGAAAGAUCAUUUACGCAAAUUAAAUAAAGUCUUAUCUGUGCCACUGG